GCGUCUCCCCUUUUUUGCUUUCCAUCGCCCGGUUCUCUCUUCUUCUCUCGCUCAAUUGCGCCUGCGCGUUGCUUCAUCUCCAGCGUCCAGCGUCUCUUCCAGAUCAGAUCAGAUCAGACCAUCCCUCCUUGCUGGCUCUCCACCAGCAUCACCACCUUUAACCGCCACUCCAACACGCUGAAUCGUUUGCUUUGACCCGGAUCCGUCGCCAUCUGGUACGACGAGAAGCAGCUGACUGUCGUUGCGGCUCUCUUGCUUGGUUCUUUGCGAAUCCCGAUCCUCUUGUUCAACUUUGCCGCGUUUCGCAUUCCCCGCCACUUCGGCCUCGACUCGAUCCGCUCAACGCAACAAAGCAAAACCCCCUUAAUCGAGGCUAUACCACUUGCUCAAAAUGCCUGCUCCUAGCAAUCGCAAUUACGAUUUCCUGAUCAAGCUUCUGCUGAUUGGCGACUCUGGUGUUGGAAAGUCAUGCUGUCUGCUGCGGUUCAGUGAAGACUCCUUCACACCGUCCUUCAUCACCACCAUUGGCAUCGACUUCAAGAUCAGGACCAUUGAGCUGGACGGCAAGCGGGUCAAGCUGCAGAUCUGGGAUACCGCCGGCCAGGAGCGAUUCCGAACCAUCACCACUGCCUACUACCGCGGUGCCAUGGGCAUCCUGCUCGUCUACGAUGUCACUGACGAGCGAUCAUUUGCCAACAUCCGCACUUGGUUCCAAAACGUAGAGCAGCACGCCACCGAGGGCGUCAACAAGAUCUUAAUCGGCAACAAGUGCGACUGGGAAGACAAGCGAGUCGUGUCCACCGAGCAGGGUCAGGCGCUGGCCGACGAGCUCGGCAUCCCCUUCCUCGAAGUCUCGGCCAAGAGCAACAUCAACAUCGACCAGGCCUUCUACAGCCUGGCUGCCGACAUCAAGAAGCGCCUCAUCGACAACCAAAAGACCGACGCUGGCGUCUCAUCAGGCGUCAAGGUCGGAGAGCAGAGCGACAACGGCGGCAGCAAGUGCUGCUAAAAAGAAAACAAGAACAACACAGACCAAAAGAAAAAAUAAUAAUUAAAAAAAAAGAGUUAAAAUUAGGAGGGUUGACGAGUCAUGCGCAGCAAGCACAGACAUACCAGGCAUAACGUUGAUUUGGAGAAGUGUAUUUGACGUAUGAUAUAAUGGAGACGGCAGAGCAACGCGAUCAAGAUAUACGAGCUGUUAUGAGGCCUGCAGUUCAUUUUUUCUUUGCCGACUGCAAGCCAGUAAUGACAUUUCGGACAUGAGGGUCAUGAGAGUUUCCUUGUUUUUUUGUUUCUUUUAUUAAUUUAUUCUAAAACUCCCAAUGCCACUCGGCGCAGUUUGAAAAAUCCUCCCUGCAGACCUAACCCCCCCAACUUUAGAAAGAACAAUAAUGGUUUCGGAGUUUUUGCGGUUCUCUUUUUGCUUCCUCCCCUUUACCCUUGCUUGCCUUCUUCUCUUUGUGUUUUUUUCUCUUCUACUUUUGCUUCGUUAUUCUUGUUUUCUUCAUUUAUUUGGGUUUUAAUAUACAAAAAAAACUAUUACUGCUACUGUGCCAUGAUCCUUUCUUUUUUUUUUUUUUCUUAUUUCAUGUAACGGCCAAGCCGUGCUGUUGUAUUUCGCUUUGGAGUCUGGCAUAACACGGUAAAAGAUAUAAAGAGCGAAUGAGACGGACGGACAGAGAGCGGCAAGUGUCACAAUAGAGAGGGGGGGAGUUGGAAGAAGGAGGAAGAAGGCGAGGAAGUGGAAGAAGGACAGAACAGAGUUAUAACGAGAGAAAACAACUGUAUGUGGUUUUGUAAACGUUGAGCUAUGCUCAAGAAGAAGUAUGAACGAAUAAAGCGUGUAAUGCAAUAAUAAAAUCCAUUAAUAAAGUCCAUUAGGAUGAUGUGAUGGGAGCUCAGUUGGAGAUACCAAGGCAGGUAGCUAAGCUACCAGUUUAUUAUUGAUGCAUACACUACAUAUCUAGCUGGUUGCGGCCGCAGCGUCGUCAGCACUCUGUUGUUCCAGCUCUGCUGAAAGCGCCGUGCCUCUGCCUCGUCGGUGCAUGCAAGCACGAACCGGCCUUUGAGCUUCUCUUCCGUCUCGCGAUCGUUGAACUUGAACGAUGGGCCCUGCUGCUGCUGGUUCGGCGCUGCUUGACCAUCCUCAUCCUUGGCCUCGCCUUGAUCAACAUCCCUUGUCCUCGAGCCCCUUGUUCUUGUUGGGGCUUGCUGCAGACUGCUAUUCAUCCUGAGAUGCUGGGGAGCAGACACCGGCCACCUCAGGCCUCUGCUUUCGCCAUCUCGCCGAAUGAACUGAUUCAGCUCCCCGGCACUCAGAGUAGGCGGGUAGACCUCCAGCAUCAAUACGUGCGGCAGUUCGCCGAAUCCGAGGUUCUCGACCAUGCUGGCCAGACGCUUCGCCCAUGGUCGUGCAAGCGUCACUUUUCUGCGCUGGACCGAAAGCGUGUCCUGAGAACCGGGUGCGAGGGUGAAGGAGUUGGCCAAAUCAACUACGCUCUCUGUGCUGGGUGGCGAGUCAGAAGGAGCAACCGCAUCACCGAUAGUUUCAGUAACUGCUGCUACUUUUGUUGUUCCCAUCGUUGUGGUUGUUGCUGCUGCUGCUGCUAGAGGGGAAGUGAGAGACACUUUGAGAGCCGCAGGGACGCUGCUCUCCCAGAGGCCACUUGCAGACCGCAGCUUGAAGCCGUUGAGUUUAUGCAGCCGGACGAGCCUAUCGCGGUACGAGGCCGCGGCUUGGGCCGUGCUAAAGGUAAGCAGGUAGCGGCCAAGCGGUUCGAAGGAAUCCAGAUUGCGUUGCAUCUGGACUAUGGAUGGAAAGAUUUUGUGGUUAGCUAAAAUCAAAAUCAAAAUCAAAAAUCAAAAAUCAAAAAUCAAAAGAAGCCCUUGCAAGUACCUUUCUUGAUCACGCUCUGCCAGUCGGACAAAUCGUUGGGCGCAAUGCGGUAAAAGUCGGCUGCGUUGAGGUUGCACGACAGCCCGUCAAUGACGAGCAUCACCAGCGACGACUCCUUUGUGCCCUGCGGAUUC